GCAGAAGCGACGGGCUGGCUCAGCGGCCAUUGAUACAUCUUUAUCUCCGAUAGGACAAACCGAGAUUCAUUUUUGUAUACCUGCGGGUUCCUGCGGACUGAAGCCAUGGUGUCUCAUUCUCUCGCCCUGCCGAUGAUCUGCUUCACCACGUUAUGGGCGUUGGUGGGGGUCGUAGCCCCGUUUUUAGUGCCCAAAGGACCCAAUAGGGGUGUGAUUGUCACCAGUCUGAUCCUCACAGCGAUCUGUUGCUACUUGUUUUGGUUGAUAGCCAUUCUGGCCCAGACCAACCCUCUGUUCGGGCCUCAGCUCAAGAAUGAAACUAUAUGGUAUCUGCGCUACUUCUGGGAGUAAACAGGGGCUGCGUGCUGUGAAGCCUCUCGUCAUUCCCAUCGUCUGGUUUGGUCGUCUUCGGUUUUCAGAAUUACUCCUAACCUUAAACACAAAUCUGCAGAACGGGUGGAUCCAUUUCCUUUUUGCCACCUUUUUUUGUAACCUUGAGGAAUAUUAAGAAUAAUAAGAAUCAAUUCAUCCUGUGACUCCAGUGCAAACCAAACUGAGGAACGCGAAGCAGCAGCACCAAUCGGCUAGCAGUAGAUGUUAUCGCCCCUUCUUCAACAUGUGCAAUUCUUUAGUUUUGACUCUGUUUACAUAUUUUCUUUUUUGUGUUGCUGCCAUCAUCAGCAGGGAACAUGAUUUUCAGCGCGUAUUUAUUCUGGCUUGCCGACACUGAUGUAACCCUCUUGUAAUCACCUCAGUGUCCACAAGGUCUUGUUAUGUAAGUGUUAUUAUCCGUGAUGUAAUGGUGUGUGAGUGUGAGCGCGCGUGCGAGCGAGCGUGUGAAGAGUUCAUUAGUGUGGGUGCUUGGACCGCGGCCACGAGAAUCUCCUGAAAGCGUAAAAAAAGUGGAGAGCGAUUCCCUCCACUUUGGGGCACUUCAGCGUGAAACUCCCUCCCACAUUCCCCUCGUGCUCCGCACCGCGGAGGUCCUCGUUGCCAUGGUGAUCUCAUCGCCCAAUUCAGUCCGUCUUCACUUGACCCCUUUUGAUGAAAUCCUGCCCGAUUCUCGCCUGCCCGUGUACAGAUGUACUGUAGGGACGUGUUUUUGGAGCUGACAGAUGCGGUGUUAACAUCUGCUGUUUUUAAAUGCAUCUUUCACUCUAUUCCUCAUUUAAACGUUAACAAAUGAAUUCAGACUCUUGGGAGAUUUUUACAUUUGAUUUAAAAAAAAAACAAGUACAAAGCAGUGAAAAGUACAUUGUUCAGAUAAAAUGUGAAUUAUUUUCAGUAGCUGUGAUUCAGAAGCAACUGCAGCAUUGUAACCUCUGAUUGGCUGAAUAUGAUUUUUAUUCGAAGGCCAACAAUGCCUGUGCAUGGCUGCACUAUUAAUUCAUAUUUGGGGAAAUAAUGAAAGGUGCAGGGGAUUCAUUUUAUUGUAUGAAGACUUUUAAUUGCACUUGAUGAUUAUUUAUCUUAUCUAUUCAGUUAAUCUGGCAGGGACAGUGCUGAGUAUAUGUUUUGGAUCAGAUAUAGCUACGUCUAAUUUUCUUCUGCGGUCCCUAUAAUCAUGCGCGGGUAAUAAUAGACACCAGUCAAUUGUUGUAAAUCUAAACUUGACACAUAGAAGCAUGUGCACAAUAACACACCCCUAAAAAAUUAGCUUAUUGCACAUUAUCAGCAGUCCCACAAGCAUAGCAAACAUUUUAUUAAUACAAGCAAACUGGCUCCUCCCGAUGCUCUCAGUCUCUGCUGCCAGCCACUGCCACAAUUACACCUCCCCUCUCCAAACCUUGAGCACCCGUCCUUCCCUCCCUGUCACUCGCCCUUCCCUGUCCUCUUCUCUGAAACCACUUUGCUUCAGCCAAAAAGAAUCAAAAUCAAAAUACAGCUACUUUUUAGAAAGACCAAAUUGUGUUCUGUCUUUUUCCCCCUCGCCCUUUUCUGUAAUCGUGGCGGUGGCAUGUGUCUAAGAUUGGAUAUAUAACCGUGUGUGCGUUACAGUAAUUUACACGUGCAGAGACUUGUGUCAGAGGACUGCAGUUAUAUUUGAUUACACUGACAAAGUAGCCUUUCCUUGCCAGGAAAGUUUGUUAUAGUUGGUAUUUAGUUUCACUCCAAAUAAACCUGAGUGUGAAAACAAACAUCACAUGGACUCACAAGUAGCUCAAUUACUGGACAAAGGUUUAGUGGCUCUAACUGCAUAUAAAAGAUGGGCGCGCCCACUGUGGCGUCACACACUGGUUUGUGAACCCAUUUUUGAAGGCUCAAACUGAGCUGGGUGUCAUCAUCUUGGUGUUUUGAAACUGGACGUGAUGAGCGAGGGGCAGAUCUGACUGAGAAAGCAAGGGAAACUGCUGGCUCGUAUCCUUCUUUAGUGGCUUUUACUCCAAAUAGGACCAUCAUUUGCAAAGUGAACAUGCUGUAUUUUAAAAAAAAAAAAAGGCCAAAGAAUUAAUAAUAAGGAAUAAUAAUAAGGAAGGUUUACUGAGGUCAUAAAUCCAGUGAGAAGUAGGCUAAUUUUCUCACAGAACCUAUUGUAUUUCUUUUUGCAGCUACAGGAGGCACCCCUUCCUGGUCAGUUGAAAGAAUGCAGGUUUAGGGCAUUUCCAUCUUUCUUUUCAGACCUGAGGACUACCUCCAUCUUUUAUAUGCAGUCUAUUAUUAAACAAAUCUGUAACCAGGUCCUGUAACUCUGGCAGUGUUUUAUCUUUAUCCUAGCUGACAGCAUGUGAAGAAAAGCUGAAUAUGAGCAUCAGUCCAGACUCCGGUUUCAUUCUGUUUGACUUUCAUGCAGCUGUACCCGUGCACUUUUGGUUUGGUUUGGUUUCCUGUGGUUACGAUUGCCAUAUGAAACAAACCGAUUAAAUUACAUCAUCAAUCCCACUCAUCCUAAAACAAACCAGAGUUUGCUUGCAGAGGAGCAAAGUCAGUCCAUCACUGGGCACUAAAUGGCAUUAUUCACCCACGCUGGACUAAAAGAGGGAACAGCUGAGGCUUCAGAGAACCCAUAUGAAACAUGUUGAGUAUGAAUGCACCUUUAAAAAUGUUAGAAUAAUCAGUUUCUUUUCCUAUUCUUGUGACUUUCUUUUUCUCAUUUUUGAUAACUGGCUACUGUUCAUUUGUUAAAUGUUCCUGGCAGCAUAGAUGGGGAUGGAUUUUUUUUUUUUAGUGUGUUAAGAAUCACCAUGGUAACAAAAAUUCAAUAAAUCACAAAUCUAAUUGUUGAUGGAGAUGCGACCCUGUAUGUAACCUUGUAUUAGUGUGAAGUAAAUGCUUGUAUGUGACUGGCACUAUUUGUGAAAUACCUAAUAAAGAAAUAUGUCUCAUAGGA